GCGAUUCUCGGAACGAUACAGCGACGCGAUGUCAGCGCGCGCGGAGGUGAAUAAUGCUAGUCGGCCAGAUAAUCAGGGGCGCGAGCGCGGUUACAGUUUGCGGAAGUGGAAGAGUUUCGUCGUGGAAGCUUCAACAACUCGCAGACGUAAACAAUCCCAAAUGUUUUGGUGUGACCUUGGUGCGACCCCGUGAUGAAGAUCCAUGGCAAAAUCCUGCACCACUACCUGUACAGCGGUGCACCUGAUAAAGAGGGAUACCUGUACAAAAAGGGGGAAGUGAACACGUCCUACCAGAAACGUUGGUUCUCCCUGAAGGGGAACCUGCUGUUUUAUCGGGAACGCAGGAGUGAGCGUGACCUUCUGGGCGUGAUCGUGCUGGAGCGCUGCAUCGUGCAGCUCUGUGACUCUGAAGAGCUCUUCGCUUUCUCUGUGUCGUUCUACGGCGACGCCGAGGACACAGACAACCUGCGCACGUACAAGUUCUCAGCUGAGGACCAGGCAAGUCAGGAGAGCUGGGUCAAAGCCCUCCACUCGGCCCACCACGGCUACCUUGACCUCCUCGUACAAGAUCUGCGCCAGCAAUACCUCGAGGCAGCAAGAAACGCCGGAGUCGACCCAGUGGACGACAUGUCUGCGAAGGAAAAGGUGCGUCAUUUUCAGAAGCCUCACAAGUGCCCAGGCUCAAACUCGGUCUUUUACACACCGAACGAAAACCACAAGCUACAAGCCCUGCCCACCGGCUGCAAGCAAGCCAACAAACGCUCCCCUAAACUUUGGCCCAAGCGCCACACUCUCGGGCCGGCACCAUGUGUUACGGAGUGGGUGGAGCCAGCGGAACCUAUGCAGGACUUCUGCCAAUUGCACGAGUACUUUGGACAGGAAGUGAGGCAACUGGUGGCUGAGUGGCAGAAGAAGAGACGGGAAAAGACUGCGCAGGCUGAAGAAAAUCUGAUCGACUUGGGGUAAAAAAAAAAAAAAAAAGAUGCUGAAACUAGUUAUUUGUAGCACUUAUCUGGCCUUUUAUCUUCAAAAUGUCUGAAUGUUAAUGUAUAGUAAUUUGUGUAUAAAGUCAGUGUGGGUGGUGUGAUGAUAUCACAUUAUCAUGAUAUGCUAUUUUACAACACAUGGUACAUAGAGUUGAUUGUUAUAGUAAUACAUAGCAGACUGGAUGUUAAAAUCUUUUAAUAAUUGUUUUAAGUGAUUUAUUUUUGUAAUAUUUUGUCAUUGUUUUUUUUUUUGUACAUAUUUAAAUUUAAAUAUUUUAUAUGGUCCCAUUUUUAUAUGGUGCCAUAUUUCCCACCCCUAAAAAAUAUAUUUAAUUACAAUUAUUUAAUUGCUGAAAAAGAAAAUGUCCUGAAUUUUUUUUUUAUUUCUUAAUAAUUGCUAUUUGUUUUUUUAUGUAGUCUGAGACACUGAUCUGGAUUUUUUUUUUCUAUUUUCACCGAAUGCUGUAAUUUA